ACAUGAUAACAACAACUACUCUUUUUGAGAUUUCAAACUGGAUGCUGGCAAGUGUUAUUUAAAAACAAAGAAAGUCUUACUUAAAAAUGGAGUUCGAGAACCUGCAAGUUGAAGUUCCUUUGGAUGACGAAAACGAUCGUAGCAAAGAACAGGUUUUAGAUCCAAAGUGGGAGAAAGUAUAUCACAAUCAAUCAAAAGGUUUUGUUGUUGGGUUAGAUUUGCAUUCGAAAGAAGCUGUUUCACGGAAAGAAAGAAGGGCAAAACGUUUCGGGGUGAAGUCUACUGAGGGUGAAGAUGUGGAAACAAAAGAUCCUUUUAAGAAUAUAGAACUUAAUAGAAUCGAAUUUCCUCCAGUUACAGAUGCGGCAAAUGCUGAAAGUCGGCCAGAGUCCUUGCUCCUUUAUGGUGUCGGUAAGAUGAGCACUAAAGAUGUGUUUCACUAUUUUAAAAGUCACGGCCCUGAUACCAUGGAGUGGAUUGAUGAUGACUCGUGUAAUGUUGUGUGGGAAACAGAGAAAAUGGCACAAACAGCUAUGAAUGACAUGAGUAGGUCUUAUGAUGAGCUUAAAGAAUUCAUUGGAGGCAUUGAAGAUGAUGAAAGAAAUGAAGAGGCUGCAAAAAUUUGGAGAAUAGCACGACCAUACAAAAAGUCUGACUGUUUAUUUUUAAGAACAUCUACUGUGGAAGACAAAAAGUUGCCUGGGGCAGCAAAGAGAAGUUUAUACUAUCUUGCCCAUGGGAAUGGCAGGCAGUCAGCAGGAAAACCAGGACUUAUAAGUUCAUCAAGAAAAAGGAAAAUGCAGCAAGCAAAUGAGUUUGUUAAAGAAAAUCUUAACUCUAAAAAGCCUGAUGUUCAGUUUAUGUCUUUAGGUGAUAAAAAUACAGCAAGUAAUUUGGAACCAGAUGAUGAAGUCAUGGAUGUGGAUGAGGAGCUCGACUUUAUACCAUUGAAAGCGCCAAGAAGUAUUGCAGAUAAAUCUUCUCAAGGAGGAAUGUAUGCUGAUAGAAUUGGAACAAGAAAUGCAAAUCAGGGUGGUUUGCCAAAAUUUGGAAGAGAAGAAAAUCUUAAAAUAGAAGUUAGGAACUUCAAAGAAAGCUCAUCAAAAUGGACAUCCGGAAGGAGAAAUCAGCACAAAAGGGAUGGUUCAAACAGUGAAGAUGAAAGUGAUGAUGAAGAACUUGAUUCAGACACAGAAGUUGUUCUUCCUGAUUCCACUGAAAGGGAGAAAAGCCAAAAAGAAGACUUAAGAAACAACAGUGACAACAGUGACGAUCUGAGGGAGGAAAUUGCUUCUCGGGAUCUAAGGGCAAAGAUUGACAACAGUAACUCAACAGAGAAAAACAUGCCAGAUCUUAGACAAAAGUUGCAACAGAAAAAGAACCAUUUAGGACUUACUAAAGAGCAACUUAAUUUGUGCAUUGAAGUGACAGAGGUAUCUGAUGAAGACUAGCGUCAAGUCUUUUAUUUUCUUGAGCUAUUCUGACAAUUAAAACUCCCCUUGUACACUGACUGCAUGAAUAAACCCAUUAUUGCUGAGGGAAAAAUAAAGGAUGUACAACUAAAGAUUCAAUUUGCACAAUAUUAAGAUGUUUCCAUGUGCAUGUUAGAAGUUACAAGUGUUAUGAUGUCUUCUUUUGUGUUUUAAGCAAAAUACUGUUUUUAGUGAAACAUUUUGCUUUCAAAUGUCCCAAUCCAUUAACAUUUACAUGAUGAUUUGCUGUCCCUCUCCAUUGUUACUGACCUCCUCAGAUGAAUAUGAUCUAGGGCUGCCCCCUUUAUACGUUUUAAUAUAUUUCGCCAAUUAGAGUCUAACACAAAAAAAACAGUAAGUAUCAUCUCUGAUGAAAGUCAUUGCAAGAGAAAUCAAAUUGAAAUAAAAAUAUGAUGUAAAAAUACAAGCAUUUCUUUUUGCUACAUUUGCAAUUAAUGUUUGUGCAUUUUAAUUGUGCAAGUGUUUAAUGAAAAAUAUAUUAUGGAGCCAAGCUGAUAUAAAUAAGACUUAAAAGCAA